GGCUCUCUCGGGCGACUUUUCUCCUGCGGCUCCCGCUCCUUCGCACCCCACCCCAGGCCACCCGCCGAGUCGCGCCCCAGCAGCGCCCCUGCCCGACCCGCAGGGUCCUCCGAGAGCCGCCCUCGCCGCAGCCUCCCAGCGGCCCCGCACGGCGGGCGAGCGAGCGAGCUCCGGGCUGCAGCCGUCCGGCGCGCGCGCGGCAACUUUGGAGAGAAGAGUAAAGCGGUCCCCGCAGCGGACGGCAGAAGCGACCAUGACUCCCUGGCUGGGGCUUGUGGUACUCCUGGGCAUCUGGAGCCUGGGAGAUUGGGGCGCCGAGGCUUGCACAUGCUCGCCCAGCCACCCCCAGGAUGCCUUCUGCAACUCCGAUAUUGUGAUCCGUGCCAAAGUGGUGGGGAAGAAGCUGGUGAAGGAGGGGCCCUUUGGCUCACUGGUCUACACCAUCAAGCAGAUGAAGAUGUACCGGGGUUUCACCAAGAUGCCCCACGUGCAGUACAUUCACACAGAAGCCUCUGAAAGUCUCUGUGGCCUUAAGCUGGAGGUCAACAAAUAUCAGUACCUGCUGACAGGCCGCGUCUAUGACGGCAAGAUGUACACAGGGCUGUGCAACUUCGUGGAGAGGUGGGACCAGCUGACACUGUCCCAGCGCAAGGGGCUCAACUACCGCUAUCACCUGGGCUGCAACUGCAAGAUCAAGUCCUGCUACCACCUGCCUUGCUUUGUGACCUCCAAGAACGAGUGUCUCUGGACCGACAUGCUGUCCAACUUCGGCUACCCUGGCUACCAGUCCAAACACUACGCCUGCAUCCGGCAGAAGGGGGGCUACUGCAGCUGGUACCGAGGAUGGGCUCCCCCGGACAAGAGCAUCACCAACGCCACAGACCCCUGAGCCCAGACGUGUCUCGCCUCACCUCCCUCCCUUCCCGCUGAGCCUCCUGGACACUAACUCUUCCCCAAUGAUGACAAUGAAAUUAGUGCCUGUUUUCAUGCAAAUUUAGCACUUGGAACACCUAAAGUCUCUGCUGUUUAUGGAAUUGAUUUGAAACUAUCCUCCCAACCCCGCCCGACCCCUUCUUUUUGGUUUUGACAUCAUCCAUUUCCACCCGGGAAUCUCUGGUGGCAAGCCGGAAAGAAUGAGGCGUGCAUACUCCUUGUUUUCGGGAUAUAUAUUCUAUAUUUUUUUAGGAAAACGAAAAUCGAAAAAUCUGCCCCAUCUGGGCACUGUAAUCGCUAUUCCUCUUCCUUUUCCCCUCUCGAUUAGGCCCCUCCUCCGCGGCCCUGCUCCCCAUCCACCUCUUCACCCCAAUAUGCAGAGGACAUAGAUAGGUCAGUUGCCAGAAGCUCAACUAUUUCCCAGUCUGUCCAGGGCAACAAGCAGGCUGGCUCCAGGUAUGCGAGAGGUCUUAUCCCCAGAGGAGAUGCUACUGUGUGUUCAGACCAGGCUGUCUGUCUAUGCCUGUACGUCAAAGUGAGGGGGAGGGAAGGAAGGGGCAGACUGCAGGAGUGAGUAUGAGAAACACACAUCGUUCCCCAUCCCUGUGAUGCUUGUGUUGACCAGAUGUUUCUGAGCCUGGAGCAAGCAGCCAGGUCAGACUAACAGAGCUUUCUGAGUGGGCAGAGAUUAAUCAUCUGCCUGAGUUCGGUAAGUGGCUUCUCUGUACAAAAGCUCAGAUGAAGAGCUAAGUUGAAUGUCUUUCCUUUCUUGUUCAUGCCUUCCACAAGGCAUCCUUUCGGGGAAUUCUUGUGAAGGUCCGCCCUGGAGCUUGCCUGUAUGUAAUUUGGAAAAGGUACAUGUACCAUACACUAUCCACACAUAUAUAGCCAAGUAGAUUUGGAUACAGAAUACUAUUUGCAAAGUAGUGUUUAGCUCACCUGGGGUGGGGGCUGUUUGUAUACACAUUUGCAUAUACCCUCAUGGGGUUAUGAGCUAAUUUUUUUUACAGGACACAGAAUUCUAUUCAAUGCUGUUAAAUAAGCCAAUAGUUUAAUCUCUUCUGUUUUGUUGUUGCUUGUUUGAAGAAAAUCAUGACAUUCCAAGUUGAUUUUUUUUUUCCAACUGAAUUAAAAUUAAAAUUCAGAAUACCCUCAGCACCUUCUUUUCCCUAUAACUGGGGUCAUCUGACCUCUGUCCCCUCUUUUACUCCUACUUUGUGUUUGGGGGCCUUCACUUAACUGCCUUACUGGCCGGCAGGUGGCAGGUGAGCUUGAGUGUGGGUCAGGGGCCUUCACACAAAAGGGACAGCUACAGAGUGUCCUGUCUCAGCUGAAUGCCAUCUCUCCUAGGUUUGGGGACAGCCUGCUCUUCUUUCCCAGUGGGUGGAUAACGCCUCCCGGAGGUCAUUACCUCACGGAAUUCACAAGUGUCACUGGGGAAGCCCGGCUCUGCCAUCAGCUGUAGGCCUUUUGUUGUGUGUAUUGUAUGUGUGUUUUUUUUUAAAAAAUAAAACUAUAAUAUAAAUUUUCCUAUUAAAUAAAAUUAUUUUAAGUUUUAGUGUCAAAAGUGAGAUUCCAAGAGUAGGUGAUAAUGUGUAUUUUACAGAGCUGGGGAAUGGUAGGGUGGUGACAUUUAACAUGACUGCUCUGUUUCUUUUCAGACUAUGGGUAUUUAUCCUCUGUUAGUAGUCAUACCUUCAGUUCAUUCCACUUUAGGAAACAGAGCUGCCAAUUAAAACAGUAGAGAGAGAAAACGGAAGUAGACAACAAGUCACAGUGUCUUGUAUACCCUCCAAGGCCCUGCCUUGUCUGUGAUGGAACCCCAGAACAAGGAGACAGUUCAGAUGUUGGGUUUCCUCUAGGUCGAUUUCCUUCCCAUGUACCUUCUCCCUGUGACUGUGCCAUUUGGCUCGGGGUAGAUUGGAGGCUUGCCUUUUCCAUGGGAUGGUGUGAGCUCAAUAGGCCAGUGGUUCUGAAGGGGUGAGCCUCAGACUUGAUGUUUGGACUUGUGUCUUUAUUUCAACCUUGAAAGUCUCCUUAAGUAGGGCUCUUGACCCUACCCUCCCACUGGUACACACAGCACCUCUUCCAAGAGGCCUUUGGUCACCCUCACUUUCACAGGGAGGGACUUGAGGUAAGGCCUGGGCAUGAAGAACUCGAAGUUGCCCUGCAGAAUACAUCAGUUGGUGGAAUGAUAUCCCUCAAGUGCAGACAAGGCCCUGGUGGGAUGUCCUGGGCAAGGAAGGGUCUUUCACAAAGUCAUGUUGUCAAGAGGGCGGUUCUUGAGCUUUCUAUAAGCUAUAGCUUUGUUUAUUUCACCUGUUCACUUACUGUGUAAUUUAAAGUCAUUUAUGUAGCCGAGACACUUCUAUAUUUCAAUCAUAUUGUGAAUGUUUUAUUUUGCUAAAUCUUGUGCCAUGUGUAGGCUGUAAUGUGUGCAUUGUGUCUAAGAGAAAAAAAAACAAAAAACCCACCACAAAACCCAUAUGCUACCACUUUCCUGAAUCAAAUUCUACAGUUGGAUGGAGGGUAAGGGACUGCGACUUGGGCAGGUAGCCAGACUGGCCAAUCAAGAAAAUAGAAGGAACUAGACAUAGACUCCUUCAUGUUCCUCACUGUGGAAUCCCAGGGGCUCCCCAUGCAGGAAGGAGAAGAUAAAACGGGAAGUCCGCUCACGUCUGCAUUCAAAUGUCCCUGAGUCAUCUGCCCCCCCACUUUCACCCCACCCCCAAGACCCUUCACUCAACUCUUGAAAGUCCAGGGCCAUGGGAACUCUAAUUCCAAAUUCUCUUUGACUUCCUGAGGCAUUUUUUCCUGCCUCCCAGCCAAGGAAGAAGCCCCAUGCCUAGGUUUCCUGGGCUGGCACUCUACUGUGGCCAGGGUGGGGAGUACUAGAAUAACCAUCUCCUUGCCCUCCCCCAGCCCCAGCUCGCUCUCUAGGUGACUGAGCUACAUAAAGCCCUCUGGCGCCAUAGUCUCACCGUGGUUCUUGAACAGUAAAGGAAACAUCACAUACUGGAGUGGCUCUAUCAGACAAUCUAGUCCUUUCCCCUCAUCUUUUGUGUGAGGACGGACAAUGUGGAUUCCCCGCCCCCCCCCACCAAUGGCACUUAAGUGGUUGGCUCCCAGCUACCUUAAAGUAAUAACCAUCGCUCAGAUUUGCAUCAAAGAGAAACAUAAAAAUCUAAUGACAGAAGAACAAUGAAAUGGGGAAACACGGGGAAGGUGGAUUUUAACAGCAUCCAAAAUGGCUCUUUGGAGUGAAUGGAAAGGAGGAACUGAGAGAUUGGUUCUGCUCCAGGGGUGGGGGUGCCACCAAUUCAACCCCCCUUUCCCUCUUGCCAGUCUGCUGUGCUGAAGCCCAGAAGUGAUGGAGAGAAACCAACCAGAGAAAACCCUGUCUGGAAGGAAUGUGUUUGUCGCCAAAUUCUGUAGCACUGUUUACAGUUUGCCUCCGUGUUAUUUAUGAAUUUUAUAUUCCGUGAAUGUAUAUUGUCUUGUAAUGUUGCAUAAUGUUCACUUUUUAUAGUGUGUCCUUUAUUCUAAACAGUAAAGUGGUUUUAUUUCUAUCACA